GCCAGAGCCGGCGGCCAGUUCCGGGGACGGACCGGCGGGCGGGCGGACAGACAGGCUCCUCCUCCGAAGACGGCCGCCGGCUCGCCUCGCCUCGCCUCGCCUGCUCCGCUCCUGCGAGUCAAUGUUGGAAGGCUAUAUCGCAUGGAAGGACUAUAGCACAUGGAAGAAAAAGCUCAUACCAGGACGUCUUUGGUUUCCAGGUUACCAAAAUAUGGAACAAAGCCUGCUGGAAGUACCUUACAGCCUGUUCCAAAUGGGACGGCUCCUCAUCUUUCAGGGAAUGCACAGAUCAAAAAUUUCAGCAAGCACAAUGGCACCACUCGUCUGUCUUCCUUUGCUUUUAACUGGAAAAAGUCUAACAAAUUUCCUCUGGGAGAUCAGAUCUGUAAUGAAUAUAACUCCAGUCAGGAUCCCAGUGAACAAGUGACCGGGUCGGAAAGGUGUCCUCAGCCCGAAGGAUCAGUGGGUCAGGAAGUGCUUAGGACCAGUUCAAAGACCACAUUUUCAAAAACAGCGAAACAAGGCAACAUGUUUGUAUCGCCUGCGGAAGAAUUAAAUCAGAAAUGUUUAUCUGGUCUGUCUAAUUCAAAGUACACCAAAAGUUCUUUGUUAAGCAGGACUUCCUAUUCUGGCUUUAAUGCACCAAAACCGCAGUUGAAUGGCAUUUGUGGGAGCCAGUCGAUAAUAGGCUUGCAGAGGAUUAGGGGGAACCAUUUUGUCACUCAGAGUAGUUCAGGGGAGAGCCUGGCGAGAUCCACAGACCAUGGUCCACCUGCUUGUGAAAAAAUGGUCCGGUCGCAAAGCUUCUCGCAUUCCCUUCAAAGCUCUCUUUUGCCUCCCACAUCUCUUACCCGAUCCCACUCAUUUAAUAAAGCGGUGGAUCUGACAAGGCCUUACCAGAAUCAACACCUAGCUCUUAGACCAUCGCAGAGGUUGAAGCUCCUGUCAAGAAGUGCGCGCCAAUUGGAUGUGCCCAAUGGGAACGAACCUCCGGGGUACGAAUUUCCUAGGUCGUUGGCUGCUUUAGCACCUUCUCGUGUCAAGAAACAGCCUCUCUUAAAUGGUUCGGGGGACGGGUCUCCCCUGAGGUUCAGAUCAGGCCGCCCUUCGUUGCUGAAGCCUGUCAGCCACCAUUUAGGUAGAAAGAUCCCCGUGGAUGGCAACGCUGGGAAAGACGCUGCGAAUAGUUUAAUGGAAGAUUUGAUUUCCACAGAUGUUAAAAAAGAUGCUGCUGAUGCAGUAGAAGCUCAGAGCGACAAUUUUGUAGAGAGUAGCUGUAAAAUGUGCACAGAUGGUGACGUGGAUGAAAUAUCAAUAUCUUCCCUGUCCUCUUCGGAGAAAAAUGACCUUAGCGAAGAUUUUAGCGAUGAUUUUAUAGAUUUAGAAGAUCCCAGCCGAACCAUGCUGAUUCAAGAAGAGAAAGUUCCUACUGAAAAACUGGAAGAUAGAAAUGGAAUGCCACCACAUCAGCUACAGCUAUCUUUUCAGGAAAAUGAGAAGUCGAACUACACUAAUGAGGAAUGGCUGCAUAUACAUGUGCCAGAAGUAGAUGACAAGAGUGAAACUGCCAAACUUCCCACUGGGAACAAUGAAAUUUCUUCGGAAAUGGAUUACAGAGCUGGCUCCUCUUUUGAGCUUUCCCCUUCUGACAGCUCGGAUGGGACCUACAUGUGGGAUGAAGAAGGAUUGGAGCCCAUUGGAAGUGUCCAUCCGUGCGGCAGUUACGAUUCUUCAGAAAUGAACAGCAUCGAUAUCCUGAACAACCUUGAGUCCUGUGAUCUUGAAGAUGAUGAUCUUAUGCUUGAUGUCGACUUACCUGAGGAUACACCCUGUGAUAAUGAAGAAUAUGACAAUAUGAACCGUUAUGAGCGACCGGACAGAAAUAUUCGACAGCAGAAAGCAGAGGGACUCUGGAAGAGGACACCCCAGAGGUGGAAUACUCAGGAUCAUUAUCAUCUUAGUCCCACUGAGCACUAUUCCCGCCUCAGAAAUGAUCUGAACAGGGGUUGCAAUUAUGUCGAGUCUCCCCCUGUCAGUCAUCUCGAAGGCUACGGGGCAUCAGGCUUGUAUCCACCACUGAGGAGUUUGCCAGCAAAUACUGUGGUCUUGGAUGAAAUGACCCUUCGGCAUAUGGUGCAAGAGUGCACAGCGGUGAAAACCCAGCUCUUAAAAAUGAAAAGAAUACUCCAUCAGAAUGAUGAAAACAUGUCACUGCACAACAUCACAUUCUCAGUGCCAUCAAGUCCAGAAGAGCUGGAACCUGAACCAACAUAUAAGACUGACGAAUUACUGAGUGAGAUCACGCAGCUGAAAGACGAUUUAAAAAAGAAAGAUGAGACCAUCCAGGAGCUUGAACGUCGUCUUGCUGUUAGGUGUGACUGCCACAAAGGCUGCAAGAUGCCUGAAGUGACCACGUGCAGCUUUGUUGACAAAUUCACCCAAACCUCCUGGAGAAGAAAUGCGCCUCAAGUACUACAGCCUUCCAGCCACCUUCCCCGUUCCGCAGACCUCAGCCAGGGAAAACUAGCAAAAGCAUCACCCACCGUGGCUCACAGUGAGCCCCCUCCUCAGGACCAACUGGAAUACGUUGGCCACAAAGACGACCAUGCUGCCCUCGGCUCCGGCACUGACAGCAGACGUGAACCAAGCACUUUAAACACACAGCGGAACGAAGACAACUCCCUGGCGAACGCACAUUCCAUCAAGAACGAAACGGUCAGAGAAAAAGCGAAAGACGUAGCUGGUCGGAAAUUGAAUGCCUCGCAGCCCCUUGCCCCCUCGGCCCAGUUGAGUGCACAGGACGGGCAGGCCAGACCAGCUCUAAAAAGUCACAGCUCCAGGCCAAACCAGGCUUCACCACCAAAGAUGUCAAGAGCUCUCCGAGCCCCAAAGCAGACCGUGCCAGUGCCUCCUCCAGCAACCUCUUCGAGAGACUCCCUUGUGCCUCCACUGAGCGGCCAGGCACAACCCCAGUCAGUGUCCAACCUCUCCCUUCCAAACAGCAGGACCCAGAGGGCCUCCAAACUUCGCCCUCCGGCCAUUUCCUUCCGCCCCAAGCAGAGGACAACCCCCCAAACCAUCUUAGCUCCUGAGCAGCAGAGAUUUCAGGCUGGCCCUUCAAAGCUCCUGACGCCAGCAAAAGACGCCCCACAGAACCGAGAUCCAGCCCCUCGCCCCGGAGAGGGCCUGACUUUGUACCGUCACUCCCGACUCCCUAAACCAAAGACGUAGCCCAAGUGGGACUCUCCCAUGUCAUUGCCGUUGUCCUGUCCCAUGAUGCUGCUUGGCCGUCCUUUUCCUGGCCAGGAGGCCCCAGUGAGAGCCUGGAAGGCACCAAACGAUGCACAUCAUCUGAUGCUGCUUCUUCUAGUCUCAGUUUUACCCUCUUUAAAAAAGUGCAUUGUUUCUUCAAGCCUCGAUCUGCACGAGCCUGUGACUUCUCCUGAUGGCACCAAUGGUCUCUGACCAGGGAAGUUGCUGACGGAAAUUGUAUCCUUUAGAUCAGGGCUCUCCAACCUUGGCAACUUUUAGGCUUGUGGACUUCAACUCCCAGAAUUCCUCAACCACCUCUGGCAGUUGAAGUCCACAAGUCUUAAAAGUUGCCAAGGUUGGAGGUCCCUGCUUUAGAUGUCUCCCUGAAGAAUAGAUGACUGAGGCUACCUUCCGGUUCUGGGAAUUAAUUAGAAAGUGAUGGACAAAGGAUACUGGUGAUCUCUUUUGUUGUGGUUGUUUUCUUCCUUUCACGUUACUCUUCAGCCAUAAGUCUGUCUCUCAAGAGGCCUAUGCAAAUUGUCUCUUUAUAACCCCAAACUUUGUAAAAGAUGUAUAUUUAAUAUUUAACGGAGGUUGUAUGUUUUCGCAAGGAAGAUCCCAAAUUGUUCUCUGUGUUUUUGGGGUCCGUAUUCAUGGUUCACAAGUGGCCACAAAAUUUCACAGGGUGAAAUGGAUAUAUUUAUAUUUAAAGUCUUAGCCGUUCCUUGUAGAUAAGCGCUGUAGAAUAUAUAAGUGUUACUCAAUUAUCAUGGUGUAACUGAAAAGCAGUAUUUAAUAUAUAUCCCAGACUUUGGUUUAUACCGACAGUUGUCAAAUGGCAUGUGAUGUGACUCUGGAAAUAAUGAGUCCAUGAUCGCCUGCUUGUAAAUUUUCAUUUCAAGGCUUGCUUGAAUAUAACGGUAACAUUAUUUAUUGAGUUCUGUUACAACUAAACAUCUCAAGAAGCCAAUUUGGAAUGUUUGCACAAAAUUUUGCCAUAUAUGUAGGGAUUCAGAAAUUAUUUUUCAUAAUAAAGCUUACAUUUUUAAACCCUAUUUUUAAAAUGCCAAAUGCAUUUAUAUACACAUACACAUUGGGGAAAUCUUGGGAAGUCAUAAAAGAAACAAAACAUUUUAAUCUUUGGGGAAAGUUGAUAGACAGUUGCUGGAGACAGAGAAAUUCUGUCAGAUAGACCAUCAAUAGAAGGAAGGGUUAACCAGAGCCACAGACACAAAAGUUAUAAAUGUGGUUCAAUUAUCUUGAAAUCUUAUUCCAGUAUCAAUCUGAGAACACUUGUUUGAAAUGACAUUUUUAAAAAACACUUAAAAGUGUUAAAUAAAACUUGAAAAAUACACCACAGCAUUGAUUUUGAGCUCUGCUGAAUAUUUCUUAUAGAAAAAUGCAUCCUUUAAAAAAAAUCAAAAUAACCUUCCCAAAUCUGGCACCCUCCAAAUAUGUCAGGCUAAAUCAGAGGUCUUCAGACUUGGCAGCUUUAAGACUUGUGGACUUCAACUCCCAGAAUUCUCCAACCAGCUCUGCUGAAGUCCACAAGUCUUAAAACUGCGACGUUUGAAGACCUCUGGGCCAAAUCUUCAAUCGUCCUCAAAUAACCUGGCUUGUGCAUAUGCUAGCCGGGAACCGUGGUCUAUUUGGAAGGCACCAGAUAGGCUAAAUUAAGCCAGGGACAAGUAGUUUUGGUUUUCUUAAGCAGGAUAAGUAAGAAAUAUAUGCAGCCAACUUAAGUUUAUCAUCAAAAGACCGACCAAGAGCCCUUAGCUGUGUUUGUGUUGCUUGUAAAUCUUGAAGGUAUGCAGUGAAACAUUCUUGAUGUUGUUGGCCGGAAAAUGCUUUCUUGAGGAAAGAAAAACCCUGUUUUCUUCAAGUGGCAGACACGAUUUAAGCUUCAGUUGCCUUUUUUUUUGAUCAGGGAUAACGGUUGAAGGAGGGCUGUGUUUAAAGCGGGCAGGGGUUAGUAACAUUAGCCCCAUGAACCUCGAUGUGGAUCACCCCUUAUUUAAUCCAAGCUGACAAGCACAUCGGCCCAGGUAGUUGGGGCUGAACCCCUGGCUAACCAGUCUGGCACCAUGUCGGAGCAGACGGAGCCUGUCAAGUGAGCAGUUGUCCAAGCAAGCUGACUGAUCCAAUGGGACCCAAGGGCCCGCCUCCUUUCAGCACUAUAAAUAUGACGGGAUCCUAUGUAGUUGCACAAACGUUGGCAGUCCAGAGGGGAUUCCCCCCUCCCCAAAAUAAAUCAACCACUUUCUUGCUGUUUUUGACACCUUGAACAGACUCAAGCUGUUCUUCCCCCAUAUAUAACACCAUCUUCUUGUCCCUAUCGGGAUGCGAAUGUACCAUGUCAACAGAAGAUGCCUAAACACCAAGGGGUACCUGUAGAGUUAGACAGAGGAAAGACAUUAGAGAGGGUUGUCCCAUUUCUCAAUGGCAAGUAAUAACCGUAAUCCAUCUUAUAAAAGCACGACUGCAUCAGGUUGAACUUCUACAUUAUACAGUAUUUCAGUAUACAUUAGGAGGCCUUCAACUAGCAUUUUUAAAUUCAUGUUCCCGGCGUUACUGUAAGCCAGAGGUCUUCAAACUUGGCAGCUUUAAGACUUGCGGACUUCAACUCCUGGAGUUCAACUCCAGCCAGCUAUGGCUGGAGAAUUCUGGGAGUUGAAGUCCACAAGUCUUAAAGCAGCCAUGUUUGAAGACCUCUGCUGUAAACACUUAAUGAGAAGUCACCCUUGGAAGGUGGCCUCUUUGCUUCAGGAAAAUAUAGCACUUGGGAGAAUUACGUUCCAAAGAUAACAGUAGCCUUUUGCUUCCGAUUCCAUUGUCAGACUGGCCUCUGAGAAGCAAGCUGACCGUAGCAGAUGGCAGCUUGUGAGGUUGAUGUUCAACAUCUAAACUGUGUCUUGAGGCAACAUGGAAGUCCUUCACCCAGAGGGGGCUGGCUGAGCUGCCCUGAGUUGUAAUUUUGAGCAUUGAUUGGGCAAAGCCAAGGUGGGACCUGAUGGGUUUUUAAUCAUUGUUUGUGAGUCUCCCUUAUACAAUUGAGAGGGCCAACCUUUUUGAAUGCAGUUGUGUUGGAGAAAGUUCUCGGGUAUGUUUAGGAUGUCCAGCAGAUGAAAGGCAUUUCUUAUUUUCAAAGUUGGCAUGCAGUAUGACUUGAAGGCUCAUUCAAGUUGGUAGGAGUCCCAGAUAGGCAACCAGAUUCCCAGUGGCCUUAAUGAUUUCUUUAAAGUGGAAAAACAAAUCUGGCAUUUUACUAAUAUUUACUUUUUGCUAACAUGCAUUGUGUCCAUUGGAUUCUACUGCAUUAUGCAAUGAUUCCUAAGGUAUUUAAACCACUCCAGUGUGUAUAAUGAAGUAGAAAUGGAACAAAACAGAUUUGCACUAGAUGAGCUUGGAGUUGUGCCUAAAAAGAUCCAUAGCUGAAGUAGUGAAAUAGUUUUUCAGUGUAUAUUAAUGUUCGUGUUUCAGCUUUUUUAAACAUAAGCUUUCCAUGGAAGAUUCAGCCCAUUAAAUGUCUCUUCAUUAUCUCAAACUAUUUGUGGAACGGUGGCUUGCAUGCCUACACAACCUGGUCUUGCAAAGCUUUUGUCUUGUUAAAGCAUCUUCUUUCUGAAGCUCCACAUUCUUCAUGCCAUAACUCAAAAGAGAAAAUUCCUAAGACCUUUGCCAAAGCUAAAGUUUGCAUUUAGAAUUGCUUGAUUUAAUUGUGUGGGUUUUUUAAAAAAAAAAGUUACUCUGCAAUAAAUACCACCUGCCUUGUGCAAAUAAGGAGCAUUGCAUAUUUCAAGAAUUUGGAAUCUAGUGAUAGGGACUUGCAAACUGACUUAGUCUCAAAUGCUGUGUUUGGAGGUCACUAAGAGCUUCCUUGCCGCACUCUUUGCGUGCCUGAAGCCUUUUGUGCGAUGGUGCAGUAGCAUCCUAAAGUUGAUUCCCCCCCCCUCUUUUUUUGGCAUUAUUUUUGUGUUUGGUAGACCAACCUGCUACCGCCAGAAGCAUCCUGGCACCAGACUGACAAUUCCGUUUGCUCUGCCCUUCAUCUGAUGGUAGCAGUUCUCCAAAUACAACGGACCUGGUCCAGCUGAAGUGGACCAAGCCCUUUGAAGACCCCUAGAUUUAAACUUGUCCUUGCCUUUGGCUGGUUCAGUCUCUGUGGCUGUGGGAUGUGGGAUUAUCGUGUCAGCGAGUUGUGCCUUGUUGAAAUGAGAUCAUGGUUAGAGAGGACUAGCUGGGUCUUCAGAAACUUAAGUUAAAGUUGAUCACUGCUGUGGUAAAGCUGCUCACUGCCUGUGUAAUUCUCAAAAGCACCACAAUUUAUCAGGAUUAACUGCAAUGUUAGUCUAAAUCAGUACUGGCUGCAAAAUACUCUUACGAUAUAGUCUUUUGCCUAAAGGAAAGGAAAAAAAGAAAAAGAGAGAAAUGCUGUAUAUUGGAACCUGCUUGUAAAGAUAAUUUAAAAAGCCUGUAUGUAAAGACUUUCCUCAGUGUUGCUUUAGUGAAUAAACUUCCUAAUUCCAAGUGUG